AUGGGUGCAGGAGCGAGCGCCGAGGACAAAAAGUCAAAGGAGUUGGAAAAACAACUCCAAGAGGAUGCUGAUAAGGAGUCUAAAACGGUCAAGCUAUUACUGCUUGGUGCUGGUGAGUCAGGGAAGAGCACCAUUGUAAAGCAAAUGAAGAUUCUGCAUCAAGGUGGUUACACGAAAGAGGAGCAAUUGGAGUUUAGAGCGAUCAUCUACGGCAACAUCCUGCAGUCUGCUCUGGCUAUCAUCAGAGGCAUGGAGAUGCUUGGCAUUGAUUUUGGCGCACCCUCUGCACAGGAGGAUGCACAGAAGCUGCAGAACUUGUCGGACUCCAUUGAAGAAGGCACGAUGCCCACUGAGCUGGCCGAUGUCAUCAAGAAGCUGUGGAAGGACUCUGGUGUGCAGGCCGGCUUCGAGAGAGCUGCUGAGUACCAGCUCAACGACUCUGCUGGAUACUACCUCGGAGAAAUGGACCGAAUCUGCAAGCCAGACUAUCUCCCCACUGAGCAGGAUGUGCUGCGAUCUCGAGUCAAAACAACUGGUAUCAUUGAAGAACAGUUCUCCUGCAAAGAGUUGCACUUCAGGAUGUUCGACGUGGGCGGCCAGAGGUCAGAGAGAAAGAAGUGGAUCCAUUGUUUCGAGGGUGUGACCUGCAUCAUCUUCUGCGGAGCCCUCAGCGCAUACGACAUGGUGCUGGUAGAGGACGACGAAGUGAACCGCAUGCACGAGUCCCUCCAUCUAUUCAACAGUAUCUGCAACCACAGAUUCUUUGCACUGACCUCCAUCGUGCUUUUCCUCAACAAGAAGGAUCUCUUCGAAGAGAAGAUCAAGAAAGUCCAUCUGAGUAUCUGCUUCCCAGAUUACGAUGGCCCCAACACGUACGAUGACGCCAGCAACUACAUCAAGACACAGUUCUUGGACCUGAACAUGAAGAAGGGUGUGAAAGAAAUCUACUCCCACUUGACCUGUGCCACAGACACAAAGAACGUCGAGAUUGUGUUCAACGCUGUGACAGACAUCAUCAUAAAAGAGAACCUUAAAGAUUGCGGUCUGUUCUAAGCAGCUCCGGAGUGAAAAGAGGUGAGCGGCACCACUUUGUUGAUACGGAGUAAUGGGGUCCAGAUGAGGCAGACCCCUGCCAAUUCAAUUUAACCCUCAUGCAGCAAAUCAUAUCUGGCCAUCCGGCGUUGCCAAGCAACAACAUCUGGCCAUAACAUGAGCGAACACAAACUGAGACGACACGGUUUGGACCCUUUGGGACUGCUGAGGAUGAGCGAGAUAAUGAGACACAUGAAGUAAUCCCUGCAGUGACCUGUGAUUAAAAUGGGCUCCUCCUAAAGAUGUCGCUCAUUUAGAAAUAGACUGCACACAGUAUCCACGCAUGCUGCAAAAUGUUUACCUUAAAGUCAAAUUUUAUGCAUAAUUUAAUGAUUAUUUCAACAUUUUUUAAACUUACUUCUCACUCUCUCCACUUUGCAGAAGUUCCUGUCCAACCUUAACCCCUCACAUACAUUGGCAUUAACUAAGAAGCGUACUGAUGGAGCACAGAGGAUCCUCAGAUUGCUGUGUUCAUGCCAUCGCUUUCAUGCCAAGUCCUGGUCCUUGACUGCUCCUCGCUCCUCACCACCUCCAACGGUACAUCCCUGCAACACAGUGCACAUCCAGCUGCGUUGAAACAACUCUCAAAGUCACCGUGUCGACAUUGUGGACAUACAGCUUUCUGCAGAAGUCUUCAGUUGUUGUUUUUUUUUUUUCUAAAACUUCAGUAUUUGUAUCACACCUACAGCUGCUGGUUUGAAGGUAUGAAGAUGAAAAUAGCUGCUCAUUCGAUCCUCAUCGCUUCCAUUUGACUACUGUGUCGUGAGUUAUAUUUACUAUUAAAAGCCAAGCUCUGUAAAAUUAAUAAAAACAAAAAAAAAUUGGGGAAAAUAUUAAUAUUUUGAAUAGCAACAUUGCAACC